GGCCGGCCAGCUAGCCAGAGCAAGCCUUCCGGGGCCAUGGGGCCCCCUGCGCUGGAGUUCAGCGACUGCUACCUGGACAGCCCCGGCUUCCGCGAGCGGCUGAAGGGCUACGAAGUGGAGCUGGAGCGGACGGCCAAGUUCCUCAAGGAGGUCAUCCGCGACGGCAACGGACUCAUCGCCGCCCUCCGAGGUUAUUCCUCAGCCGUGCAGAAAUUUGCUCAGACCCUUCAGUCCUUUCAGUUUGAUUUUAUCGGGGACACUCUGACCGACGAUGAGAUUAACAUUGCUGAAUCCUUUAAGGAAUUUGCAGAGCUGCUCCAGGAGGUGGAACUGGAGAGAUCCAUGAUGGUGCAAAAUGCGAGCGACCUAUUGAUCAAGCCACUGGAAAACUUCCGCAAGGAGCAAAUUGGAUUCACCAAAGAACGCAAGAAGAAGUUCGAGAAGGACGGAGAGAGGUUUUACUCCAUGUUGGACCGCCAUCUGAAUUUAUCCUCCAAGAAAAAAGAAUCCCAGUUGCAAGAGGCUGACUUGCAGGUGGACAAAGAGCAGCACAACUUCUUUGAAUCCUCCCUGGAAUAUGUGUAUCAGAUCCAAGAAGUGCAGGAAAGCAAGAAGUUCAGUAUCGUGGAGCCGGUGUUGGCUUUUCUUCACAGCCUCUUCACCUACAACAACUUGACAGUUGAGUUGACGCAGGACUUUCUUCCAUAUAAGCAACAGCUUCAGCUCAGUUUGCAAAAUACAAGGAACCAUUUCAUUAGUACGCGGGAAGAGUUGGAAGACCUCAAGAAACGGAUGAAAGAAGCGCCCCUCACCUGCAAGCUUCCUGGGAGGCCGACCAUAGAGGGAUAUCUGUAUUCCCAAGAGAAAUGGGCCCUGGGCAUCUCAUGGGUCAAGUACUAUUGCCAGUAUGAGAAGGAGGCAAAGAUGCUAAGGAUGACCCCUAUGGAGCAGAAACCGGGGGCCAAGCAAGGGACCUUACAUUUGAUGCUCAAGUCCUGUGUGAGGAGGAAGACCGACUCUAUAGACAAAAGGUUUUGCUUCGACAUCGAGACAUUUGAAAGGCCUGGGCCCAUCACUUUGCAGGCUCCGUCCGAAGCAAACCGGCGGCUCUGGAUGGAGGCCAUGGAUGGGAAGGAGCCGAUCUACCACAGUCCCAUCACAAAGCAAGAAGAAAUGGAGCUGAAUGAAAUUGGCUUCAGAUUCGUCAGGAAAUGCAUCAACGUAGUGGAGACAAAAGGGAUCGCAACUGAAGGCGUGUAUCGAACUGUUGGUAGCAACAUCCAGGUCCAGAAGCUGUUGAAUGCCUUCUUUGAUCCCAAAUGCCCUGGAGAUGUGGAUUUCCAAAACAGCGACUGGGACAUCAAGACAAUUACUAGCUCCUUGAAGUUCUACUUCAGGAACCUCUCUGAACCUGUCAUGACAUACAAGCUUCACAAAGAAUUGGUCUCAGCUGCCAAGUCUGAAAACUUGGAUUAUAGGCUGGGAGCCAUCCAUUCCUUGGUUUAUAAACUCCCAGAGAAGAACCGGGAAAUGCUGGAGCUUCUCAUCAGGCACCUUGUCCAUGUGUGUGAACACAGCAAGGAGAACCUGAUGUCUCCGUCAAACAUGGGGGUGAUAUUUGGCCCCACUCUCAUGCGAGCCCAAGAGGACACCGUGGCGGCCAUGAUGAACAUCAAGUUCCAGAACAUUGUGGUGGAGAUCCUCAUUGAACACUUCGACAAGAUAUAUUCUGGCCCCCCUGAAGACAACGCCGCUCCCCCGGUGCCUCCUCCGCGGGUGGCCACCCGGCGCCACAAACCCAUCACCAUCUCCAAGCGGCCCCUGAGGGCAAGACCGGUCUUCUUUGGAGGGUCUGUGGAAGAAAGCGGAGAGUUUGGCCAAGGCCUUACUCCCAAUGGCAUGGUCAUGCCCAACUACGGCGAAGCUCCGAAGCCGCUCCAACGGAGCCGACUGCCUUCACACCGGAUGGGAGAACCUGACCCUGCAAAGCCCAUCUUUGAAAGCAAGCCAGAACCGUGCUCAGAGGUGGAUGUGGGGAAACUGGUGUCCAGGCUCCAAGACGGCGGGGCAAAGUUUGCCAACAAAGCUGCCAAUGGGGUUGUGCCUGUGUCUGGCUGCCUGAAGGCCUCCAAUCUCCAUGUGAAGAGGCCAGCCCCAAGGCCUGGGAUGAGCACCAAAGAAGGCGAAUAUGAAGGCUUCGUCAAAGCGCGAUCGCCAGGAGAGAAGCCGGUGAUAAUGCGUCCUCCAGUGAGACCUCCAGACCCUCCGUGCAAAGUCCCCACGCCCCAAAAACCGGAGCCAAAGCCCGAUUUGCUCAUUGGUGGAACUGGAGAGGCUUCUUCCUCUGUAGUUGCUUCUAGGACAAAAUUCUUUGAAACGGCUUCUUUCAGAAGAGGCAGCUCUUCGUCACCUCAAGGCAGGCUCCCAAGCGAUGAAGGUUGAGAGCCAAAAGGCUUUUCCUUGUCGGAUCCUGGAAAAUUGGUCCCGGCUCCCCGCGCGGAUCGUCCUGCCUCCCAGAUCUCCAGCUGUUUUAAGACCAGCUAUUCUGCAGGAUUGUGUCCUUUGAGACUACUAUUGUGAACAGCUUCUGUUGCUGCAAGAGACAGGAAUAUUCUCAGGGAAGGAUAUUUCCAUCUUGGAGUUGAGCAAAGGCGCCCUUGGCAGCACUCAUUGGUUCCACCUCUCCUCUCCGUUUCUUGUGUCCAAAGAGCAUGGCUUGGCUUUUCCAUGAAGCGCUGCGCAGAGGCUGAUGUUUGCAUGGUGCAGUUUGACCAUUGACCAUUAAAACUGGCCUCUUCCACAAUCCUCUUCUUGACAAUGAUCUCCUAGGAUUUUAUGUACUGGGUGAUCCUAUCCCAGAAGGGCCUGCUUUGGGACUGUAUCCUGAUGUUAAUGCACUGGCUGUGUUGAGUUGUUUUACGUUCUCUGCCUACCCACCCUUUUUCUAUUUUAAUUUCUUUUACAGACCAGGGCUUUGUGUGUUGUGUGUUGUGUGUCUGUCCAGACUUGCAGUGGCAAGUCUCCCGUUGAUAAAAUGCUGAAAACUCUCCUGCCAAGAUAGAUUGGCGCGCUUUCCAUCCAAGUUUCUCUCUUUGGCUUUGUACAAAAUGCAGAUAUUCAGGGGCAAGGGUGGGACUGUAGAUACCUUGCUCAACUCUUCAUAUGAAUGUGAAAUCCUUUAAAGCUGCAAUUCCUACCUUCCGUCGGGAACGGCGUCGGUACGUUGAAGGAGCCCCUUGCACAUUCCAUCUGGUGGCAUUUUCGGUAACCUCCAAAGCAGCUGUUGGUAAUGGAUAUAGCUUUGUGACUUAUCUUGGUCUCCAUUCCACCCUUCCUUAGGCUGCUUUCCACAUGAGGAGCGGCUUCCAGUUUGAAGUGGAAUGAGGCAAGAUGACUGUCCAGUGCCAUUUUGUAAAAAUAACUGUUAUUAUCUUGCUAACAGUCCUGCAGCUGAUGCAAGAGAGAGAGAGUGUGUUGAAAGCCUAGGCUCUCUUACAAACACACCUAGAAGUCUCUGGACCAUGAGAGAAAUGGCACAGGAGUGUUGAGAUGUUUCGUUGCAGAUGCUCCUUCUCCUGGGUCCAACAUGAGUCCUUGUGGACAGGGAUAACCACCUGUAAGCCACAUAGGGCUGUUUUUGGGACCACGGUCCAAUUUGUAAAUGCCCCCAAAUGUCUCCCUUGGCAAUUUUGAUAUGUAUUCCGUGCCACUGUUUUAGACCCAGGAGAAGCCUUUUUUCCCCAGCAGGAACUGACCCAGAAUCCAACUUUCUGUUAGGAAAAGAAAGGAAUGGAACAUCUCAGAGGGCCAAAAAUGUAAUGAAAUGUCCUCCUCAAGGAUGUUGGAGGCAUUUGUGAUUGAAGGGACCUGUGUCAUCCUUAGCUUACAAAUGCUCUGAAAAUCUCCAUCCCACCCACCAACAGCAUUCUGUUUACAAAUUCAGUUGCUUUGAAGAACAUGGUCCAGGUGAAACCACGGUUUCAGGGACCAAAGCAGACGUCGUCCAGAUGUUGCAAUCUAGUAGUCCUUCCCAGGCAGUGCUUUGCCAAAAGGGCUGCCCAUCUUUUGAGGACAGCCCUAUGCCACCUGCUUCCUUCAUAGGCACAAAGUUGGCUUUUUGCAGCAUCCUGUCCCAGGAGACCUCCAGAAUUUGCUCCCUGUCAGUCCUAUGCGUUCGUUGUGUCAGUGCUCACAGAUUCAUGGUGGUUGCUGAAGGAAAGAAAAAGAUGCACUGCAUACCCAAGUGGCUAUGGUCUCUCAGUGUUUCUACCUGCUUGUUGUGGAUCUCCCAGGAAUGAUUUAGUUGUGUUUUCUUGCAUGACAGAAGGUUGGAGUAGAUGGCCCUUGGAGCCUCCUCCAGCCCUAUAUUUCUGUGAUUCCAUGGAUCCUAAAAUGGGGGGAAAGGGAUAUUGGAGCCCCCAAAAACCAGGCUGUGGGUCCCCCCUCAAAGAUCUGACAAAAUUGGACCAUCCUGACUCCCAUGUAGUUGAGCCUCCUUAGGAUUCACCAGUCCGAAGUGUAAUGAAAUGGUCAAGCAUUAAGAAAUGUCACGACCCAAUAGAGUAUUCAACACUCCUAUGAAUAUUGUCCAUGAAUGAGUCUUCAUAUUUGAGGAUAUUAAUGGGAAGUGAUUCUGCACAGAAGUACAAAUGUUUUUUCUGCAGAAAACUCACAUUUUGUGCACAGAAAACCCCGUUUUCUCCAUCAGAAACGGUAUUUUCUCAGAAAAACACACACGUUUAAUUCUGCAUGGAAUAAUUCCACAUUUUGGGAUGUGUGACAUUGAGGAGAAUGAAACCCAUGUUUUCUUUGGCAGCCCUGAGUUCAUUCAUAUUGUUGUGUGUGAGGAUAACCUUGGCAAAUGUUUACAUUACUGCUGAGGACUGCAGAUCCCAUUGCUCCACAUCAGCAAACUAAUGAUGAGGGUUGGUGGGAUCUACAGUCAAAUAACAUCCAGUGGACCAGAUAUUGCUCUUUCCCUUUCCAGUCCUUAUCAAAGCUUUGUUGUUAUUGCGUUGGCGUUGUUGUGGACCAAACAAAGAAGUAAAGGUCUCAAGCUAAAUUCAUUGUGGUCUGUCCCUAAUUCCAAGGAAUCAGAUCGUUAAUUACACAAAUACUUCUGGUCAGUGGAUGAAGAGUGGCCAGAGGAACGGAUUAAAAGAUGCGAUGGAGACUAGAGAAGGUGAAGGUGAUUCUGCAUUGUGGCAUUUGGAAUCUAAUUCUUGGGGUUAUUUCCUCUGUGUUGAUUUGGGGAGGAAGGCACACGGUGGGCAUCAUGUUGACUUCCAAGCAUUCGCAUGUGCGUAGUUGGGCCAUCAUUCCUCAUAAGCUAAAGGCGUCCAGCAAUUCAACUCCGUACUCUGAAUUUCAAAGCACUUAAGCAAAUUUUCCAUCGGAUGUAUUGUGUUUGUUAAAACGAGUAGAUUAGAUGUAGUUAUGUUUAUUGAGUUUCCACGGAUUAAAAGAAAUCCACUUAGCAA